GUAUCGAAACUUUUCAAAUACUUUCAUUACGAGGAUUUAUUUCACACAGGAUAUCAAAGAGAAUUAACGUACAAACGAAGAAGUGGUUCGUAUAGCAUAUUUGGAAAAUCAGACAGCGAAGGAAGCAUGAUGUAAGUUUAAUGCCCUCUGUAUUCCCGUUCUGCAUUCUUAUAUGGCUUUGAAUGUUUAACUCCAGCCGCGGUAUAUGGGUUGCUAACUCCCCUUGUCUGAGGUUUCUACACUGAUGCAACAUUCAUUUAUCCAUAAUACGCCUUUCUUUAUUACUUUGACAACAAAUGGCAGAUGAUUUUGCUUUGCGGAAAUUAAUUGGCUAAUGUGAUUUUGUAAAUAAAGAUAGAUAGAUAUAACUUUAUUUAAAAACGCUAACUUUGUCAACUAAAUCUGAUUUCCACGACGUCCAGUCAUUUCUCAAUUAAACAUAAAGGAAUGGAAUCAUAAUUACCCAAAUUCACCACUAUUCGUUUUGUUAGGUUAACAGCAUUCGUGGUUCGUUCAUUUGCACGAGCGCGAAAGUAUGUGUUUGUUGAUGAAGACGAGAUCAAACACAGCAUUCAAUGGUUUCGGAGAAAACAGAAACCCUCAGGUUGUUUCCCAAAAUACGGAAAAGUGUUUGAUAAAUCACUUCAGGCAAGUGUCUAGACUUUUAAUAGUAAUAUAAUAUUUGUGGAGAGGCUAAUUUGUUUUCUUAUAUCCAAGUGGAGGUUGGAAAAAAUGUUACAAAAUAUACUACUAUGGAUGCAAGAAAUGCGUUGAUGACUAAAUUUAAGCUGUUUCCAUUCCCUCACUUACCCAAUUGGCUUCUAUUUUUGAAAUCUUGAAAUGAAUGUAUUUAAACUGGGAUUAAUUAAUAUGUUUAUUGACCUUGAUUUGGACACAACAGUAUGAAGCAAAUUAAUCAAGUUUUAGGGAUAAUGGUGUGGUAGAUCCCGCUCCUAAGGGGCGGACAAAAUUUGGCGCUCAUUCAUUACAAUUACAUUUCUGCCCCCCAAGUAAUAUUGGAUAAUUAUUUUACACUUUAAAACGACAUUUGCUCCUGCUGGUAAGGGAGCAUAACGUGUCCAACCAUAACAGCUCUUUGCUGCCAUAACAUGCCUUAGCUACCGUAACAGGUCUUAGCUACCAAACUGUCUGAGCUUCCGUAUCUUAUGCUCAACUCAAUCAUCAUAUCUAUAAUCAUAUAUACAACUUCCAGGGUGGUUUGAACAGCGAACUUACCAUUACGGCAUACGUCACAAUAGCAUUAUUGGAAGCUGGUUUUAAUAAGAAGGUAAGAAAUAUUUUAUAUAAAGAUAUAGAUCUUAAUACUGCAAGCUCUCAUUGAAAAGCAGGCUAUGAACGGCACUGCUCCAAUCUUAUAGGCUGUGCGCUGUUUCAAUGUUUAUAUCCACAGCCGGUCUGCUACAGCUUUGAUAAUUAUCGCUAGGCAGACUACCAUACGGGUUCCACAUCAGGAUAUAGUUUACUAUUGCGGGUAUGACAGAUCUUUUCCUACUUGCUCUUCAUAUAAUUGUUGUUUCGACUGGUUCCUAUCCAUCGUUGUUUUGUUGAACUUCAGCUAACCUGCGAUCGUUUACUCCAUUCAACAUGGAAGACAGUUUACACUACUAUGCUUCAAGAAACUGGAGUUAGUGUUUAAUUAAACAUGCGGUUUUAGGCGACAUUUUCCUGAUAUACUUGCAUGAGAGUGAAAAAUUACGUGUGUUCAGGUCACCACAUGGAGCUAUAUGUAAUUCCAACAAAUCAAGUUCAUAAAUAUUGUUCUUCGCUGCAUAUACUGGUGUCCUACACUCAGGAUACUGUCUAAUUAUUUUUAAUUUUCUGAAUCAAAAGCCAUAAUUCACUUUUAUCUAACAUAUUAUCCCGUAUAUUUCAGACACGGAUGGUCUCAAAAGCCCUUAGUUGUGUAACCGACAACCUAACACAUAUUCAGGAUUCUUACACUACGUCGUUAGUAACAUACACCUUAGUGUUAGCAGAUCAUCCAAAAUCUGGACUUAUGAUCAGUCGUUUAAAGAACAAGGCAGUCAGUUCGGAAGGUGGGAUAAUUUAUUUUUAGUGUCUUCUAAUCCAAUCUACUUAACAAAUAGAUAAGAUUUCACCGUUGUCUGUUCAGUCAGCGAUACACAUGGUAUGACGUCAUAAUGUGUGAAGAACAAAAAAGUGACGCACGAGCUGCCGAGGCGAGUGGAUCACUUUUUUGUUCUUCCCACAUUAUGAUGUCAUAGUGUGUAUCUAUAACUCAACAGACAACGUCAAAAUCUUAUCUAUUUGUUUUAUAUAAUAAAAAUAAAACCCCGAAUAUAGUAUAGGUAAUCAUGCGAUGGCAAGUGCCAUUAGGGAUUAAUAGUACGAGGGAUGUUUGGAAAUUUUGCCAAAUUGGACGAGCCGCCGGGGCUAAUCAAUGCGAACAUCAAUAUUAAACAUACUGAACUUUAUUAUCAUGAUUAAACAUACUUCUCAAUGUCGAGAUCAUAUUCUCUCGCCAAAGCCAAGACCUGCCAGACUAUCAACCAAAAUUUGGUGCUUUUGUUCGUAUUUAAUUUUCGUUUAGUUCCCCUAGAGCUAUUUCAUUUCAGAUUUGUAUUUUGUUAAAAUACCUUUCCGCCAUUUUGUUUUGUUUUGGAAGAAUAAUCUAUUGCAGUACAAUUAAUGAUGGUAAUAGAACGAAUAGGAGUGCUAUUAAUGCCAUAAUCAUACGAGUGAUUACAAAAUCAACCGACCGCGUAGCGGGAGGUUGAUUUGUUAAUCACGAGUAUGAUUAUGGCAUUAAUAGUACGACUUAAUUCGUUCUAUUACUUAUUAAUUAUUUAUCUUCUGUAAUCAAACUGUUUAAGGGGGAAAAGCAGAAAAAUACAAUUUGUUGAAAUUCUAAAAUCAAUAUAAUUUUUAAAUUUUUGUCACGACAAUUCUUAGUGAAAUAGUACAAUUUUGAAUUAUUAUUUAUCAUAUAUAAUCAAAUUAACAUAUUAUUAACUUCCGGGCAUUAUUUCCGGUAUAACCACAUGACAACAUUUGUUUGAAUUAUUCAAAACACAAUUGGGAAGCCAUGUUUGUAUGUUUAUAACGUGUUCAAAAUAGUGAAGUUCUUUAGUUCAAUUAAUCAUCUGAAUUGGAUUGUGUCUAGUUCGGUGUCUUCUGCUGGAUGAACAGGUAGGUCAUUUUCGUCAGAAAAUAUAUAAUUUAACAACCCUCGAAAAUGAGAUCGGCAUUCGGCAAUGCCGACCUUCAGUAUUAAAAUGCUGACCUAUCAACCUCCCAUGUCGGCAAUGUUUUGCCGACCUUAAUUCAGCCAAAGUAAGAAUCUUUUUGGUUCUUAUAGUUGUUAAAAAGUCAGCGAUUAUUAAUUCGAUGCACUUUGGUGUAAGGUUUAAGAAUUAACGGGUAUAUUUAUGUUAUAAUUUAAGUAAAACUCUAAAAGAAAAGGCUUCGUGACAUUUAUACUUUUCAAUGAUUCGUAAAUACGUGAUUACUAGUGCUCCAAGACAUGGAAACAGAUUUUAAAAAAUGCCGAGAUAGGUCAGAUUUAGGUCGGCAUUUUUUUUCCGACCUCAAUUUUGACGGUUUUCGAGGGCUGAUUUAAAAAUUAAAAGGGCAAAAUUUGUGAAUUCCUCCAUUUUGAAUUUUUUUACAGCAAUAAAGAAAAUAAAAUUCAAAGUUUGUAUCCUGAGUACUGAUUGGCUAGUGUAAAUACUAGACUGAUUUUCAUUGGCUGUAGACAAGAGUGCGAUUACAGCUCAGAAAAGGUGCGAUUAAUGCUCAAAUCGCACUCCUGUAAACCAAUGAAAUUGCAGUAUUUGCCACUGAUUACAGAAGAUAAAUAAUUAAUGAAAUAAUUGUACUCCUCUCAACCAAUCAGCAUCCAGUAAUGUUGUCAUGCUAAUAAUAAAACAGGUAAAUAGGCAAUUUACUUUUCAUCCAUCCCAUCAUUUGAAAAUUUUACAAAGUCGAAAUUUUACAAAUAUCACGCAUACAUGAUCUAUACAAACAAGGGAAUGCUAUUGGAUACGGUUUUGGGGUUCGUAAUUCCGUGCAUCAGGCUCGCUUGAAUUCUUAAGCGCUUGAAUUCUUAACGUUUAAUAUAUUCAAUAAUCGCACAAUCGAAAAGGCGUUUAGUUAACGAUUUGGAGUACAUAUGAAAAAAAUAGAGUUGUGGCGUUGUUAUAUUUGUGAUUAAAUUUUGCAGUUGCGUAGAAGCACAUGUUGUUUAUAUUUUAUUUUAUUAACAUUUCAUUCCAAAUACAAAGGAACAAUAUAGCUCGGAAUGCACUGAAAGAAUAUUUGUAGUAACAUAAUUUAGACAGCGCGUCAAUUAUUAGCAAUAUCCUAAAUGCAUGGUAAAAGAGCAAAGGGGAAAGGCCUAUGCCAUACAAAUUAAAUAGUUAAUUAAUAAUACAUUCAAUUUUUCACGGAUGCAAUGGGCUCAUCAACCUGUAUUUUCUUUCAGACGGCCUAAUUUUCUGGUCUGCUAGGAAUGACAAAUUAGUCGCGACCGAGGAGCCGACAGACUACUUUGCUGAAAAGCUUCGCCCUGCUGAUGUGGAAAUGACCGGCUAUGCUUUAAUGUCUUAUCUGAAACGAAAUGAACAACCUAAAGAUAUAAUGAAGAUAGUCAAGUGGUUAUCUAAGCAACGUAAUUAUUAUGGGGGAUUUUCUUCAACACAG